CCCAUCACUACAUACUCCUUAUUUCUCCAUUACUACAUAUUUUGACAUGUAAAUAAAAAAAGAUAUAAAUAAAUAUAAAGGAGGGAUAAUGGAGGGUAGCAACUCCCGGAUUCAAAUUUUGAGAUCAUAGAGAUUCAAUCAAACUCGAAGCAAAUCUGAAAGGUUGAUGCUACGAUGAACUCAAGGUAGCAGAGUUCAGCAUAGGUUAACGAAAGAAAGAUUGUGCAAUUGACUCCGCCAGACAAAAGGGAUCAUGUCAGUGAAAGAAUAUCGACCGUUCUUGGAAAUGCCGUCUUCCUUGCUAUGGGAAAUUCUUGGUAGAGUUCCCAUUAAGACAUGUUUAGCAUGUAAGCUUGUUUGCAAAGAAUGGUAUCGUAAUGUGAUCAGUCCAGAAUUCUCUUCUUUCCGCCGCCAUUGUAUACCCUCCCGGUUUACCAUCGUGUUUCAUGAAGACAGGUGUUGUGGGCUGACUUUCAAUUUUGUUGAGAUUGAAAAGGCUUUGGAUGUCGAUCCUUUGGGUAAUUGUACUGUGGGUAUUCAUGAUCAGAUGAUGGUUGACCCAAAAAUUGGCAGCAAUGGAAAGUAUUGGUAUGUGAGGUCUCAUUGCAAUGGGGUAUGCUUCCUAAGUACAAAGAAUGACAACUUCAUAUGCAAUUUGCUCACGGGCCAACAUGUGUAUUUACAGAAUCAACAUUUUUGUGGUUCUGAACUAGGGUACUGUCCGGUGUUAGGCCAAUUCAAACUUCUCAUUCUUCUUUGGGACAAAAGAAAGAAGUUCCAAUUUGCAAAGAUACAAACUUUGGGUAAUGGCGAAUGGAGGAGUCUGGGCAAUGCACCCUUGAAUAUUAUGCAGGCUGGAUGUUUUUUGAACGGGUCUAGUCAUUGGUGUGGUGACAACUGUAUAUGGUUCUUUCAUUUUGGAGAAGAAAAGUUCUCACAAAUUCCAAUUCCAUUUCCUGAUUUUGACGUCCCCAAGGCCUUUAAGAAGAAGACGAAAACAUUGAGCAUAUUUGACUCUUGUCUUUGUUUGAGUUGUUUCACUGGGAGUGGUUGUGUUAAGAUCGACAUAUGGAUAAUGAAAGAGUAUGGUGUGAAAGAAUCUUGGGUGAGGCAACUUGUCAUAGUGCAUGAUGCAUGGAGCGUGCCUCUAAUGCCUAUGGAUAAUGGAAAGAUACUUAUAGAGAGUGGAAAUCGAUUAUAUUUAUAUGAUCUUGAAAGCCAGGUUUCUAAGAGAGUGAACUUCAAUCACAAUGGGUUUCAGAGCGUGGUGCUGCCCGUGGGAUUUGAUGCAAGGUUCUCGAGGUUUGAUAAAUUCAUAUGAUGUGCGAAUGCAUACUUAUGUUACUUGUUGCCUAGUUUUUAAAUUUAUUAACUGGUUUAAUUGUUUAAGAGCUUGUUUGAGCUAACUUAUAUGCCUUCUCAAUUUAGCAAAUGAUUUUUGUUUGCUUUUGUAGGAUAAUUAAAUGUUGAUUUAAGUA